UAAUUCUCGAUCGGCAGUUAUGGAAGUCCUGAAGCAGUUGAACUUCUCUCCAGAGACUCCCUUUGGAAUUCCUCUAUAUCCUAUCUUUGAUAAGGCUUAUGAGGCUGUCGUAGGGCAACCUGCAAGUACAUUCAGGUACACUGCAGGCACUACACCUCUGUCAACUGUCAAUGAAGUCGUGGCAUCUUGCAUCACCUACUUCAUCGUCAUCUUCGGUGGACGUUACCUGAUGACCAACAUGCCCGCCUUCAAGCUUCAAUUCUUCUUCCAGGUCCACAACUUGCUCUUGACCCUUGUCUCGGGUGUCAUCCUUCUCCUUAUGGUUGAGCAGAUUUUCCCUAUUCUCUACCGUCAAGGUCUUCUCAAUGCUAUCUGCUCUGCAGAUUCCUGGACUCAGCCCUUGGAGCUUCUGUACUACCUCAACUACCUCGUCAAGUACUGGGAGUUGAUUGAUACUGUCUUUUUGGUCCUCAAGAAGAAGAAGCUUGAAUUCCUCCACUACUAUCACCACAGCUUGACCAUGGUCCUUUGCUACACCCAGCUCAACGGUCAGACAUCUGUUUCGUGGGUACCGAUUGUUCUCAACUUGACCGUCCAUGUAUUGAUGUACUACUACUACUUCCGUACCGCUGCUGGUGCUAAGAUCUGGUGGAAGAAGUACCUUACCACUAUGCAGAUCACCCAGUUUAUCAUUGACUUGUUUGCCAUCUAUUUCUGCACCUACACCUACUUCACCGCCACAUACUGGCCCCACCUCCCUAACAUGGGCAGCUGUGCUGGUACCGAAACAUCUGCCAUCUUUGGCUGUGCUCUCCUCAGUUCCUACCUCUUGCUUUUCAUCAACUUUUAUCGUAUCACUUACCAGCAAAAAUCAGCCGCCGCUCUCCAGAAGAAGCUCAGCGGCAAGGUCCAGCCUAGAAGCAAGAAGAUCUAAUUAUUCCCCUCUAAUCUCUUGCAAAAAAAACCGUAUUACAAUCCAUCCCAUCCCGGGUUUCUUUAUUUCUCGUAGUACAUCUUUCUUCUUUAUACACUUUAAAAAUAAAUCCUAAUAAUUGAUUUCUGACAUUUU